AUGCGGGGCCCCAUGCGCCAGGUGCUGCACAAACUGGGGCAGUCGGCCUCGGACCACUCGGUGGAUCUGCCUGAUACGUACGUACGGCUCUGCAUCGCCCUGUGCCUGUGGGGCACCGUGGCCCAGAAUCCUGGCGUACAAGGUACCACUGGGGACUGCAACAACCAUGUGAUAUGCCCAGCAAACGCCAAGUGUGUGAACAGCACCCACUGCACCUGCCUGGAUGGAUACCAGCCAGAUGGGAAUCACUUCUUCUUCACCGACACAACAGAGACCUGCAACGAUAUUAACGAGUGUGUGGGGCCGAGCCCGCCAGACUGCGGAGCCAACGCAGACUGCAACAACGCACCUGGGAGUUACUCCUGCACCUGCAUCGAUGGCUACGAGCCCAGCUCUGGGAAAGCCAACUUCACGCACCCAACUGACAACAGCUGCCAGGUUAAACCAUUGAGUGAAACAAGAUGGGAAAGUCAAAUUGAUGCCUUGAAACCUCUUCGCUAUCACCUUGGUGACAUCUGUGAUGCUCAGAUAGAGAUCUAUGAUGAAACUACUCUAACAGGGUCAUCUGGCAAUAUGGCACGAGUUGAUGCAAAGGAUCUUGCAAAAGCCAUUUCUAGUUUCAAGUUUCUUGUUUCUCUUGUUAUGUGGUAUGACAUAUUGUUUGAGAUCAACAUGACUGGCAAACAACUUCAGGCGAAAGAAUUCGACAUAAGUGACGCCAUUAAUCAACAUGGAGAAACCAAGAAGUUUCUUGUAGGCCACAGAAGUGACGCAGACUUUGAGAAAACAUUGGUAGAUGCAGGUGAACUUGCGGAGGAGUUGGAUAUACCGGCACUUGUUGAACCUGAUCCAAUCCGUAUUAGAAAAAAGAGGAAGCAGUUCACAUAUGAAGCAGAUGACGAACCUAUUUAUAAUCUGAAAGAAAAAUUCAAAGUGAACUUUUACUUUGCAGUCAUCAACACAGCAAUACAUUCAGUUGAAGAAAGAUUCACAGUGAUGCAGCAAAUUAGUUCAGUAUUUGGCUUCCUAUAUGAUGUUUACCGUUUGCAAAAUACAACACCAAAGCAAAGUAUGGAACAUUGCUUGAAUCUGGAGCAAGCUUUGCAACAUGGUGAAUCCAAAGAUACUGAUGCCUUUGACUUGUGCAAUGAAUUGCAAGCAAUUGCCCAACGAGUCCAAAAGAGUGCAUCGCCGCAAGCUGUAUUGAACUUCAUAUGCACAAAUAAACUGACCGAUAGUGUCCCCAACACAGGUAAUGCUCUUCACAUCCUCUUGACUCUCCCAGCUUCUGUGGCCAGUGGUGAGCGAAGCUUCUCGAAGCUCAAGUCGAUAAAAACACACAUGCGGACAUCAGAGUUGCAACAAACACUUGUUGGGCUCUUGACCUCAAUAGAACAAGGUCGGAGCACUGACUUGGAGGAACUUGUUUCUAAAUUUGCUAAACUGAAAACGCCGAAAAAUUAAUUCUAACGUGUGACUUUGGGACAGUGUGUUGUGUAGAAGGCAUGUGAUUUAUUUUCAG